AUGGUAUUACAAAGAGCUCCACAAAGAGCUGUUAUUUGGGGUUUUGGAGAAUCAAGCAAAUUAACUACACUUCGAAUUCAUAAUAAAAUCUAUGCAACUAUAAGUCGAGCAGAAUCAGCAAAUGAUUUAGGUGAAAGUAUUUGGUCUAUUAUACUUGAUCCAGUUUCUGAUGAAGGACCAUAUGAUAUUCAAGUUACACAAUCAUUAGCUAAUGGUACACUUUAUACUAUUACAAUUCAUGAUGUUUUAUUUGGUGAUGUAUGGAUAUGUUCUGGACAAUCAAAUAUGCAAAUGGCAGUUGUAGAUAUUUUUAAUGCAACAGAAGAAAUAAAUAAUGCUGGCAACUAUCCUAAAAUUCGAGUAUUUACUGCUGCACUAAAACCAUCUGAUACACCUAUAGAAGAAUUACUUGGUAUUGUUGAAAAUUGGUCUGUUGCAUCACCACAAAGUAUUGGUGGACCAUCAUUUACUUAUAUGUCAGCUGUAUGUUGGCUUUAUGGUCGUAUGAUUCAUGAAGCAUUAGAUGGUCGACCUAUUGGACUUAUAGCUACGAGUUGGGGUGGUACAGCUAUUGAAUUAUGGAUGCCACCAGAAGCUUUACAUGAUUGUGGAAUUUCAUCAAAUGAAAAAAUAAAAUUACAACCCUACGGUCAAUUUUCUGAAAUGGCAUCACUUAAUAACUCUAAUCUAUUCAAUGCCAUGAUUUAUCCAUUUACACGUAUGGUUGUUUAUGGUGCUAUUUGGUAUCAAGGCGAAUCUAAUGCUGGUUAUCAUACAGAUAAAUAUGCUUGUACAUUUUCAAAAAUGAUUCAAUAUUGGAGACAAACAUGGAGUCAACGUACAAAUUAUUUAACAGAUAUUCACUUUCCGUUUGGUUUUGUUCAAUUAUCCACAUCGACAAAUAAAAGUACAAUAGUUGGUGGUUUUCCAGUUAUUCGAUGGCAUCAAACAUUUGAUGUUGGUUAUGUACCAAAUAAUGUUGUUCCUAAAGUAUUUAUGGCUGUUGCUUUAGAUUUACGUGAUGAUCCUAAUAAUAUUCAUCCUCGAACUAAACAUGAUGUUGGCUAUCGAUUAUCACGUUCUGGUUUAGCUGUAGCUUAUAAUCAGCAAGUUGAAUAUCAAGGUCCUAUUGUAUCAAGUGUAAGUUAUUCAAGUGGUAGUAAAACUGUUAAUAUCACUUAUACUGCUGUUCAAAAUAUUGAUUUACGAAAUCCAAAUGGAUUUGAAGUUUGCUGUAAAGGUUCUAGAUGUAAAGAUGAUAGUUUAUGGGUACCAGCAGCUGUAUCUAGUAAAUAUGCUUUGACUAUUACAUUAACAAUAUCAAGUUCAUGUGUUGGAAAACAUCUAUAUGGUCUUCGUUAUUUAUGGCGUGAAACACCAUGUCUAUUUAAAGAAGCAGCUCUUUAUAGUUAUACAGAUCGUAAUUUACCAUCACCACCCUAUCUAAAACUAUUCUAA